AUGCCGGGUGAAAGAGAUAUGGAUUGCACCAAUGCUGCCAGGGGUGUGUGGCUUGUGAAGGUGCCAAAAUAUCUCUCAAACAUAUGGGACAAAAGCCCAAGUGACAUGCAAGUUGGGAAAAUGCAGAUCACAAAGACUCCUGGCACAAAACCAAAUGUCACCUUUUCACUAAAUCCAGAAGCAGCCAAGUUUGCCAAGAAUGAGAAGACUGUGACAGACUAUAAACUGGCCAUUUCCAGUGUAUCUGCCCAGUCACUUGUAGUUUUCUCUCAGACAGUGCCUAAUCAAAGUAGUGAUAGUGUUAUUCCAGAGACAUCAAAGCUCUCUCUAGAAGGGAGAGUGGUUCAGCGGACUGAAUUUCGGCCUGUUGGGGAUGUCACCUACAUGAAUCUGAAAAAAGAGCAAAUCCUCAAGGCUGCUCAGCCAACAAGAAUGGUGCAGCAGUUGGACAAAAUUGUCAAUAACUACAAACCAGUUGCAGAUCACAAGCACAAUGUGGACUACCAGAAGCAAAAGAAGGCAGAAGGGAAGAAGAUGCGGGAAGGGAAAGAGAAGGUCAUGGAUAUGUUGUUUCAAGCAUUUGAAAAGCAUCAAUAUUAUAAUAUCAAAGAUCUGGUUGGUAUCACUCAACAGCCAGUUGCUUAUCUCAAGGAAAUUCUGAAAGAUGUAUGCAAUUAUAGUCACAAAAAUCCUCACAAGAACAUGUGGGAGCUAAAACCUGAAUAUCGGCACUACAACAAGGAAAGUGAAUGA